AUGGACGACGACGCGUCCAUCCAGCCAGAUCUCGACACCGCGCUACCCACCAACGGCGUCGAAGCGCCCUCGUCAAAGAGAAAACGCAAUCGUAACGCGUCGGAAGAGGUCGUUCCCGUCGGUGCAAAAUGGACCAAAACAGUUCAUCCUCGAGGCCGGCAGGCCAGAGACCCUCUGGCACAGCAUGUGCGCAUGCACGUCAACAGCGCCGAGCAGAUGGAAGAGAUGCUGCGCGACUACCUGCAAGACCCUACCUCGCCCCCUGAGCACACCACUGUCGAGUUCAACUUCCCUACGGCAGCGGCCUUUAUGGUCUACACGGGAGACUACUCGGGUGGAAGCCAACCCAAAGCCAACCUCUAUGGGACGCUGAACAGAUCAGCAUUAAGCGUCGAUGCUGCCUUGUCUGCCUGCGCAGCCGAUCUGAAAGAUGGCCUAAAGCUGCAGAAAGCCAUUGCGAAGACGCUCGUCGAGCAUGUCACAAAGGCCGAUGGCUUCAGAUACAGCUUUCACAACAACUGGCUCAGCAAGGAAGACGAAGCACACCGAUUCUCCUACUUCUGCAACGAUUCCACUCUCAACAAGGGCAGAGCUGCCAACGAGGGCAAGGGCAUGGACGGGAAACGCAAGAUGAAGCCCGUCUAUGACUGCCACGGCACCAUUCACGUCAAGUUCUCCGUCACCAAGCAUUCUAUGGAAUUGCACUACAAGCACAUCCCGAUACAUGCAACGUACGAGGACCGUGCCCCGCAGCCGCGCAAAAACAGCAAGCGACGCAGGAUCAUGGAAGUUUUCGAGCCCGAGAAACUCAUCAGAGAGCGGAAACGCAAAGCCAAGGCCGAGAAGCUACCUAAACCUCCCAAACGCCGCGCAACAGAACCUCUCUCAGGAUCAACAGACGGUCUAAACGCCGAUGUUGGCACAGACGGACUCGCGCCACUGCUCGACUUCCUUGGCUCAGCCAGCCGUGAAGAGGGCGAUGAUCCGGAUACCACCCUACUCUCGUCCACCAGCGUCGAUGGAGGCCCUUCCACUGCUAUUGACUUUUCCGCCGACAAGCUUGACAGCUUCAAGAAAGCCACUCGCCGCCAGUACAAGACUCCGCGUCAAGGUGUCGUUCGUCUACCAUCACUGCAAGUUCCUGGCAUGAUGGCGGGCUACAUGUCCGGCGAGAACAUCACCUGGGGCCGACGCGAGAAAAAGAAAGGAAACGGCAGAGACGCGACUCCGACCUCCGCCAAUGCUCCUGACGCUGAGCCACUGGCCGGCAUUGCCGCCGCUGCGGCGGCUGUGGACCCAGCACUAGCUGAGCUCGAGGCGCUCAAGGCCAAACUUGCCGAAGCAGAGCAGCGUAUCAACCGUCUCGAGGCUGAGAAGUCAUCUACACCAGUCCAGGCUAGGGCGAGCAGCAAUGGCCCACCAGGCUGGCCGCCCGCAGCAGUCCCCUCAUCGUACGCGUAUCCGCCCCUACAGUUCGGCGGACUUCCUACAUACCAGACCCAGCAGCAACAACAGCAAUUUCAAUAUCCGCCUCCGCCUGGUCAACAACAUCAGCAGAACGCCAUGUCACCAGUGACGCCGGUCUCGGCUUCCACGCCUGGAGCAGGAGACUCGAGCAGCCUUAGGACGGUGCAAUGGGAUCCGAAGGUCGUGAGUGAGCGGGCUCGAAAGGGCAAGCUGCCACCCGGGAGACCGAAGGGACCGGAGAAAGAGAAGCCGCCGCCGAGGGUCGAUUAUGUGCAUGUGGAGCCGCAGGCUGCGGACCGGCCGCCUAGGGGUGGGCUGGUGCUGCAGCUUUGA